GCCGACAGUAGCACGUGUUCGUUGCUGCGCGCUCGCCCUUGUUGCCCUUGUGUGUGUCGUCCUUGUGUCACGAAGGCACAUGUGUGGGGGGUUUUCUUGGGUCUACGCGGUGGUGCCUUUUCGUUGGUGUUAUUCGAGUGUCAGUGUCGUUUUGUAGCAGAGCUCAACGUCGGCGUGCGACGUUUGGGAGGAUACAACGCGGUGGAGACGGGCGGGUGUUGCGGCGUUGUUUUUUUUUCGUGAACGUUUUGAGCGAUAAUCUCCGUGCGGAUUGUGUCGUCUGUCGGCUCGCCUGCCAACCCGUUGCACUUGUUUGUUAUAAAACACAAGGGUGGUGGUGGUGGGGCGAACAAUGUCGCAGGCUACCGAGACAACGAAGGGGUGGGGUGGAUAAGAGACGGGUUAAAGUAGCGAUUUAAUAACCAUCGUAUACGGUAUUAUAUGAUCGGCAUCAUGGGACCAGAUGCUUAACGGGGAUUAAUUGCGGAAAGGUAGGGCGGGUGGGUUAAGGUGCAAGUGGUAGACGCGUAGUAAUCGUUAGCCACACGCUUGCCUCUGUACACUUAUCACAAUUGAUACAGUAUACGGUACUGUGUUGUAUCGCAAUUUGGGCAAAAGGUCACUGACACGUCGUGUGUAGUUCUCGGUGACUUUGAAUCUCCACGUGGUGUGAUAUUGCAUGGGGAAGAGCGGUGCAAGAACAUCAUCCUCACUGCCACACGUUGUUCCAAUCGACAUUGAAUCCUUAAGAGUUAGCCGCUGUGUUUAAUCCUUCCGGUAGAACAAACACACGAGUCCUGUUUUGUGGGCCACGUGUAAACGGAGUACAAUCUAUAAAGUACACGAAUUUUUUUUAAAAUAUAAAACCCAACCAAGACGGAAUGUAAAAAAAUGUAGGGUAAAGUUGACAUUGAAUGCGGGGUGUGUACGUUACGUCGUGUGUUGAUUAAAUGCGAACAACUUUGAGAAGUCAUCUUUACGCAUCAUCUUCGUAGAAUGGUCGAUGACUGCGUUGUCAAUGUUGAUGGGUGGUAGAAGUGUCCGACGGUUAUAAGUUCAACGUUCUCAGAACGGUGGCUCUCAACUUGUUUCGAAUUUGUCGUAAGUUUGUAGUUCUCGGUCAGGUUUCUUGCGCACAUCAAAAACAGCUGCCCAAAAAUCACCCGUCACUGAGCAAAGGGCCAGCAACUAACAGCAACUAUUGCAAGUUUAACAGAUUCGAGUUGACCUACAAUCCUUCCGAUAUGAAAGAUCAGUUGCGUAUCGGCUGUACGAUGACAUGUCACGACCACGCCGUUUGUUAUGCCGACUAAGAGUGGAAUAUAAUCAAGAGUGAUAUAUAAAGACUUGUGUAGUAGCUGCGUUAAUGUUGUUUGGCCAGCAAAAGCGCGGUCGGUGUGUGCGAUUGUGAAGAUUUGCUGGAUGGGCCCAUACAACAUUACGCGAUUAUAAAAGCAGCCACCGAACUGUGAGUUUGGAAUUCUCUAUUGCCCAGGUGUGUGCGUGGUCGCAUGCGACUUCACGCGUGAUAGUGUUGAGUGUUUCUCUUAAGUCAUUGACGGUAACUGCAACGUGUCAGGAAGUUACUAAAGUGUCCGAGUGCAGCUGAUUGAUGUCAAGAGUUUAGCAGGUGUAUGUUUGAUGUUUACAUCGAUUUUCGCGAUGGCUUUAGGCUUAGUAUAAGCCGUACGUCCUUAUUAUAUAAUAGGCGCGGUUUACAUUAAAACAGUGACUUUCGGAUGAGAAGUAGAAGUUGCUGCUGCCUUUUAUUCGAUUGUACUUGAAUUUAAAGUGUUGGUAUGUCUAAACAUUAAUUCUCGGUUUAUUUAAGUAUUUAAGCAAUCGUAAUUUUUUUUAAAAGUACGUUUAAGCUUUCAAGCCAACCGUGUUUCAUUAAGAACAACAAAAGCUCUUCUACACACAACAAGACACAACUUCAGCUUUGUGAGUCUUGAUUAAACUGUUGGGCAAACACUGGUGGUGGUUGGUGGUGGUUGGUGGUGGUGGUUGUUGUGCACCGUGGACCUUUGGACGAGUUUAUUUUCUUCGGUACAUUUGGAUCCAACUUAUCAUUGAUAAGGCAAUAAUCUUUAUUAACCAAGGGGUUCUUCUGGAGGACAAGAGUUUUUUUUUCUAUACUCCAAGGAUUUUUGUGUCAGCAAAGCGAGGUGGCUCAUACAACAGGGGUUCUCGUUAAUCAAUUACCGAGCAGGUUUUUAAGUGGACUCGCUUUGCCCAUCCGUUGCACGAAGUUUCUCACUCGACCCGACUCAACCAACAGAUUCCUUCAAGCCAGAGAGAGAGAUUAUAAUUUAUAGAAACAAAAAGUUGUGAGAGAUUGUUAAUUCAAGAGCGCGCUUUGCCAAUGGUUAGUUUGCGAGAUUCAUCGUUGCCAUGCCGGUUUAGAAGUAAAAAUAUAUCCUGCUGCUUGCUGCCUUUAACUUAAUUGUCGCAUCGCACAAAAAAUACGACACUUGAACUUUAGUUCGUAUUUUACAACGCAAUCUCAGGGAUUAUCUUCGUUUUACAACCCGCUAUAUUUACGUGCAUAAAAGCUACGCCGAGACAAUUUUUUCCGGGGCCUCUCCAACCCCGCACAUCAGUAGGGCGCACGCCAGAUAGCUUUUUUAUUUUUGGGGUAGCAAUGGCCAAGCUCACUUUCUCAUGGGUGGACUACCUCAUCUUCGCCAUCCUGCUGGUCAUCUCCACUGGAAUUGGCCUCUACUACGCCCUGAGCGGUGGUCGCCAGAAAACCACCCAGGAGUUUCUGCUGGCCGACAGGAGCAUGGGCUUCGUGCCCGUGGCUUUGUCGCUUCUCGCCACCUUCCAGUCGGCGGUGGCCAUCCUCGGGGUGCCCGCAGAGAUCUACACCUAUGGCACUCAGUACUGGUUCCUGGGAGUCAGCUACAUCUUCGGGCUCCUCAUUCCUGCCCACGUUUUCCUGCCCCUCUUCUAUCGGCUCAAGGUGACCAGCGCCUACGAGUAUUUGGGGCUCAGAUUUAACAAGUCUGUGAGGAUUGCGGGAACGUUAACAUUCAUCUUCCAAAUGGUGGUGUAUAUGGGUGUUGUUCUCUACACCCCAGCUUUAGCUCUUAAUGCAGUGACAGGACUGAAUGUGUGGAUAUCGGUGGUGGUGCUUGGAGUCAUCUGCACUAUUUACACGACCAUCGGCGGGCUGAAGGCGGUGAUUUGGACGGACGUAUUCCAGACACUGGUGAUGGUCGCGGGCCAACUUGCCGUCAUCAUUGUCGGUGCUCAGAAUGCGGGCGGCAUCGCAAAAGUUUGGGAAAUCAACAAUAACGCUGGCAAAAUAUCUGGCAUAGACUUUGACCCGGACCCGUUUAAGCGGCACACCUUAUGGACCCUCGGGUUCGGGGGUGUAUUCAUGAUGCUCGCACUCUACGGGGUCAACCAAGCUCAAGUGCAGCGAUAUCUGAGUGCCCGCUCUGAGAAGGAAGCAAUCUUUUCCGUGUACUUGGUCUUCCCAUGCCAGCAGCUGAUGCUGGCCAUUGGGUCCAUCAUGGGCCUGGUUAUGUACGCACGCUAUCAGGAGUGCAACCCCCGUGUGAUGGGUGACGUCACAAGCAACGACCAGAUGGUGCUAUACUUCGUGAUGGACGUUCUUCAGGAUUACCCGGGGCUGCCUGGCCUCUUUGUGGCCUGCAUCUUCAGCGGGGCUCUCAGCACCAUCUCGUCGGCAUUUAAUUCCCUGGCGACGGUGACGAUGGCGGACUUUGUGAGGCCGUAUUUCCCCAACAUGACUGAGAAGAGAGCGACGCUCAUCUCCAAAGGCUUAGCCUGUAUGUAUGGGCUGGUGUGCCUAGCAAUGGCGUUCCUUGCAUCACUCAUGGGAUCUGUCUUGUCGGCCGCCCUCAGUAUAUUUGGGAUGGUGGGGGGCCCUCUGCUCGGGCUCUUCAUCGUCGGCAUGUUAUUCCCAUGGACCAACGCCAUUGGUGCAAUCUCGGGGCUGGUCGUGAGCCUGCCUUUGGCGCUGUGGCUGGGCAUCGGCAGCAUCAUGUACAACAACGCCAAUGCUGGGCCUCCAGCAGGGCCGCCCCCUCAGUGCCUUAACAUGUCCGACUUCACCACCGCGGCCACUACCGCCUUCGCCACCACCACCGUCGCCCCCCCUGCAUUAAUGGGACUGGCCAAGUUCUAUUCGCUGUCGUACAUGUGGUACACUGCUCAUAACGCUGCCAUCGUGGUCGUCGUUGGGCUCGUCGUCAGCUUCAUCACCGGCUAUACCAAGGGGCGAGAUGUAGACCCUCGCACCAUCUUCCCAAUCAUGGAUUACCUGCUCUUCUUCCUUCCCCGGAGAUAUCGGCAGAAGCUCCACUGUGGCGUCCGGUUUGAUGAGAUGAAAAUCGAAGAUUCAACUGUUGCCGUGACAGAGGAUGAACACAAAUAUGAAGAUGGGAAGUACUCGGGCACCACCACUGAGGAUGGAUACAACAUUGUAAAAGAUAGCUCUGAAAAUAGUUCCGUCAUAAAUGGACACAUGAAAGUAAAACCUGGUCACGUUACCAUGGAAACACACAUGUGAUGUCAAUGGGUACUUGGAGAACUGGACUCUGGCCCAAUGGGCCUUGGCCUUCAAAGUCAUCUGCACUGACUCAAACUUUUUACUGGAAAGAGUAAUACACUGCUAUUGAAUAAGCUUUUAAGCCUGCGUUCAUAAACUGUUAUGUCAUGGUUUGAAAUAUAAUGAAACGGAUGAUAUCUUUGCAAGUGAACAAGAUAUAGGUGAAAAGGAAUCUUGUAUUUAAAGCAAGCAGGUUUCAAGUGUUAAAAGCUGAGAUCUGCCAGAGAAUGGAGAAAUGUUUCUGAAAUUAAAAUGUUCCUUUUAUCAGUAUGAAAAAAUAUUUUUGGGAAAUGGUACCUCAACCUAUAAUCGAACAAGUUGCCAGCUUUUAAGAAAGUCAAGCUAUCUCUUGAAAACAGUAAUAUAUUAAGUCUUCCAUUUUUUGGGGGUAAUUAUUUGACACUUGUAUAAUUUACUCAGCAUUUUUGUUGUCGCAAAAAUUACGUUGCUUGUGACAAACCAGCACAACAUAAGCUCGCUCGUGUGUAUUCGGAUUGCACCACGUGUUAUUCGGAAUGAUGUCCGACGUUUCGCUCCAUGUCCUGGGUGUUUCUUGAAAAAUUUAAUAUCAGCUCCUGAGCAACACACGGAACAGCCGUUCAACGCAUUGGAGUAUUAACCAGUCUCCGUUUCCCUGCUGCAAAAGGUCUCGCACAUGAGCGCUUGUGCUUGAUUGCAUUGGCCAAUGUGAAAAUUGACAAAAGGAGACUUUGCUGAGUUGCAUUGGUGGUGCAACUGUUUUCGGGUGUGAACCCAAUUGGCUGGGUGACUGAAAGCCGUCCUUUUUCCGCGAGAUAUCCCAUGAGAAUAGAACGGGUUGCUUGACUCAAUUGCGAGUGAUAUAAUUGAUCAGCACAAGCUAUCGACAAUCAUGUGAAACCAGUUGCCUGACACUAAUCAUGGGCCAAAAACGAACAACUAUGAAUGCAUUUAUGCAAUAAUCAAGUCUCAUUCCCUGUUGUGUUGUUGGGUUGUAUUAUGGAUGGUUACAAUCGAGGAAGUUAGUGGCUCAAUUUGGAUCCUGAAGACACUUUCAAGACAUCGGACAUUAUGCCAAACAACACGUGGUACAACCUGAAAACGCACUUGAUAGCCGCAUGUUACAACCGCACAAACCUACACAGUAGAAGCAAGUAUUGUAUUAUGGAACUGAACAGUGCCGGAUUUAGCUAGUGCGGGGCCUGUAGCAUAUGUUUUAAAGGGGUCCUAAAUAUAAAAAACCACAUUCAAACGCAUGUUUAACUUGCACAGUAAAGUAAUUGUAUUUUUUCAUUUGCUAUACAGCCAAAUAAUACGACAAAUCGCUAACCUGAAACACCCAGUCGUUCAUAAAAAGUUGAAGGCGGUAUAGUACUAUAGUAAUAGAGCAAGUGCAGAAUCACUGAACCAGAAUUGAUAGCUUAAAAGCAUUUAGCGCGGAGCCCUUGAAAGUGCUGGGCCCGUAGCAUCUGCUACUUUUGCGACUAGGAUAAUCCGGCACUGCAAUUGAAUGACCAGUGGCCUUUAGGAGAGAUGUGACACAAUCACUGAAGAUUGUGUUGUGGCCUUGUAUGUAUGGUGGUUCAUUCACGUUCCUGGUUUCCAGGGCCGCAUUAACGCACAGGCCGUAGGGCCUCAGAUUUUGGGUGGGGUCCCAAAAAGCCUACUUUGCUUCAUAACGGUUGUAAUGGCAGAAACGCAACACGUACUGCAGAGCUGUGAUGAACCCUGUAAGUAAUUUGGGCAUUAAAACCAUAGCAUCACUUCUGUGUAUUACUGCAGGACAAAUAAUUGGGUGCGUUUUACUUUUUAUUUUAUUUACCCUUACAAUUCGUACAUUAAAGUAAAAACAAAAUAGAACUGAAAUAAUAAUGAAGUGUUGUCGUCGUCCAUGGGUGGUAGUAAAACGGUAAAGGGGAAGCAAUUGAAUGUGCAGAGAAGGCCCCUCGAAAAUUGACAGCUCUGGGCCUGCAUCAAACUUUAAUUUGACCCUGGUCAUCUGCGGGAGGCAUUCAUCCAUGGCUGAUGAUGAUGAUGGUUUUGUGUUGCAAUAGCCAGAUGACAGUGCCUGCUAUGUGACUUGUGUACAAUGUAUUUUCCUUGUAAGAAAAAAACAUUGAGGUGGAUCGAUGGUGGGUGUGCACUUAAAGGGGCAUGAUUUGGUUAAUGUUUUUUUACGAAUUUAAAAAUGAAACAUUGUGGUUUACAGGGACCCUUUUUGAAUAAUAUAUUAUCCAAUUGUAAACAUGACAGGAAUAAUAUUGCAAGUUUGCAAUAAAAAUGGUACAGGAUGUAUUUGUAGCAGUUUUAGAUAAUUAAAAACUUAGACUUUGUUGUGUGAUUACAUUUUUUUACGAUUUUGGCAAAACAAGUGAUGUUGAAUUUCGAUUUAAAGCUUUCGUGACUGCAGGGAUUCAUCUUCUUGGUUCUUUCGGUAAAGUCACGUAGAAGGGAAGUAAUUUUAU